AUGCAAAAUAACAGUGAAAAAUCGGCACCAAAAGGACAUACGCGAACACAAUGGGCGGUAGCAAUUUUAGUCAAUUCAACAGUCCUCACAUACGGUCUGCAAUGUGGUUGGGUAUCACCGAUGACAAAAAUAUUGCAAUCCGAAGAAUCUCCUGUGGGUAGACCUCUAACGGACUCUGAGUUAUCACUAAUAGCUGGUAUCCCAUCGUUAGCAGCCGUUGUUGGAAUUCUUAUUUUACUGUAUGUCGUAGAAACAUAUGGUAGAAAGAGGGCUGUCAUUAUCAUGGCAUUUUUGCAGCUAAUCUGCUGGAUAAUAAAACUUUGCCCAUCAAACCCAAUAAGCCUUCUAGUCUCCAGAAUAUUUUGCGGUCUUGGCGCGGGUGGCUGUUUCCAUGUCGUUCCUAUGUAUGUCAAGGAAAUCAGUCAAGACAACAUAAGGGGCACUUUAGGAUCAAUUUCCGCAUUAUUUCAAAGCCUGGGUAUCUUGUCAAUGUAUGCAAUUGGAGGUUACCUUGGUUACUACACAGUGUUAUAUUUUGUCACGGCAAUAGCUGUGUGUAUUUUCGUGAUGUUGUUCCAAGUACCUGAGUCUCCGAGUUUUUUAGUAAAUCAAGGAAAGUUGAAGGAAUCUACUGCAGCUAUUGCAUAUCUCAGAGGUUUACAAAUAGACAAUAAAGAAGUACAGAAUGAAAUGGAUUCAAUUAAAAGAGAAGAUGAUUAUUACAAAUCAAUACCUCACAUUACGUUUUUCGGCAUUUUUAAAUAUAAAGCAUGGCGUCGUGGUUUUCUCAUCAUGUUUGUGCUAGUGAUUUUGCACGGUUUGAACGGUGUAUUUUCCAUCAUUAGCUACGCUUCGACUGUCCUCAAAAAUUCUAAGAUGGAAAUUAGUCCAGAGUUGCAAAGUCUGGCCAUUCCUAUAUCCUUGACACUAGGAACAGCUACCACUAUGACAAUAGUAGAUAGGCUGGGUAGAAAGGUGCUACUUGGGAUUACGUUUGCUGUUUCAUCACUGGCUUUGGCGAGUCUUGCAACCAAUCAGUUGCUAAGCGGUUAUGACUGGGCUACACCUAGCUGGUUGCCAAUUGUAGCAAUUUUAGUAACAGUCUACUCCUAUGGCGGAGGAGUUUCUCCUCUGCCUUUCAUUAUAAUGACUGAAAUGUUUAACUUUCGAAUCCGCGCUAAGUUAAUGGGAAUUCUUAGUGCUACGGCCUGGUCGAUGACCUUCGUCCAGUUAGUGUCCUUUACCGCAGUCACAAAUACAUUGGGCGUCGAAACGUCUUUCUACAUAUUCUGUGGAAUCAAUUUCAUAGGCGUUAUUUUAGUGUUAUUUGUUCUACCUGAAACUGCUGGUAAGACUGUGGACCAGAUAGAAACGAAGUUAAGGAAUGAUAAACAUGACCGAAAUAGUGAUAUAUGA